UUUCUUAUGAUAUCUACCCACCGAACCAAGUUUCAGCCGCGACUGAACUGAAAUUCCACUUGAAUAUGCCCGGCACCUGGACUUUGUAGGUUGAAAUUCUCAAUGCAAAAUGGAUAAUUGUGAAACAUCUUUGGAACCAAAAAAAUCUUCAUCAGACACUAACGAAAGUUCUAGUUCAGAAAACCAAGGAGUUUUGAAAAAUCAAGAGUCGAAGCAAGUUCCAUCAAAAAAGUCUAAAAAGAAUAAAGGAAAAUCAAAACCUACCAAAAAUUCCGAUGGAUACGUCACUCUUUACGUAACAUCUUGCGAAGAAGGGUUGCCACCAACUGUCGCUCCUGACAAACUGAAAGAAGCAAUACCAAACCUAAAUAUAGUCAAUACAGUUGAAACAGAAUAUGGAUUAAUACUUAACCUCCUGAACGAUACUCACGUAGAAAACAUCCUCAAACUCAAUUUGGCGAAAUUGUUCGGAAAACCUGUUCAAGUUGUUCCUUUAUAUUCCGGGCAAUAUAAAAAAACGGUCAGUUUCAAAGAUAUCCCUUGGUGCAUUCGGAAUGAAGAACUGGAUUUGUGUUUGAAGAAACAGGGAAUUCGUUACGGUAAAUUGACAAGGGAAAAAUCGUCGUUAUAUAUUGAAGUGUCCGAUUUCCCGAAUUAUCAAAGACUCAGGGAGGAAGGUAUAAAUUUUUAUGAUUCGGUGGUAUUUCGGGCUACAGACGAUUCUGGAUUAAACGAAGAAAUACAUUACAACAACGACAAUAUCAUCCAGUGCUACAAGUGUCAAGGAUUCUGGCAUACUGCGAAUACUUGUAAACAAAACGUCAGAUGCGUGCGUUGUGGUGAGGAACAUCAAGUAGAAAUGUGCAAUCGACCGAAAAACAGUCCUAUCUGCUGCAAUUGUAGAGGACCUCAUCAUGCCGCCUAUAAGCUAUGCCCUGUUCGAUUGAAGCUGAAGAAAUCUGUCAGAGUGUCUUUUGCAUUCAAUCAAUGAAUUCAUACUUAUUUAUGUGGAAAUUUUGGAAGUGUAAGAAUAAAAGGUGGUGUCGAGUA